AUGGCAGGGCGGAAGGGAAAAGAGAACGAUCCUUGGAUCCGCUGGUUUGACGUGUCGGAUCCCCAAAUGCACGAGAAAGGCUACACCAUAUACAAGGUUACAUUGAAGACAUUUCCUCGUGGAAAAGCAGAGGCAGAUUCGGAGGUGGUUGUUUGGAGGAGAUAUAAUGACUUUAAGAAACUCCACAAGGCUCUGUCUGCAAGAUAUAAACACCUGGCCAGAUCGGAGCCCUUCCCAGCAUUUGCAAAAGCUAAGAUAUUUGGUCGGUUUGAUGAAGCAGUGGUGGAAGAGCGGAGACAGAGUGCGCUCGAGUUGUUAGAGUUUGUAGGGAAGAUCCCUUACCUUGCCAGCAGCAGCAUUUUACAGACAUUCUUUGAGGGAGGUUUACAGGUGGACCCUGAGGGGGAGCAGAAGGUGCUGAGAGAAGCUGUGCUCCAGCCUGACGUGGUCUCCCCACCCCCAGGGGAUGCUGUGGAGGAAACAGAAGAGGACGUCAGGGAGUCCCCUCAGCAGGAGUCCGAGGGAAACAGGGAGCAGAGUUUAGGUUUGUUUUAG